GUCAUUAAUUUGACUACGAAGUGUUUACGGCAGUUCUGUAAACGCACAGAGACGAUAGAUUUGUGAGUUGCCAUUUUGUGCGUGUAUUUACGAUUAGUUUGGUUCGAAAUUUUCAAGCUCGUCGAUUUUUAGUAGUUUUUAUUUGUGUCGUUGUUAUAUUCUAGUAGUACGGAUACGAAACGGUCGUUUACAGUGUGUGAUAUGUGGUUUUCAUGUAGUGUUCUGGGUUAGUACCGGUUGCCGAGUAAACCGGUACGUAUUUGGAAGGAAAGUUCGUGUUAAGUACGGAAGAUGUCACUAUUGGGAACUCUAAGGCAAUUUCCGGUCUUUCAAGAGAAACGAUCGACGCAACGACAAAGGGCAGCAGCAGCAGCACGGUCGUCGUUUUAGCGUUGGGAUAUCGGAAGGGGGAGUCGAGCUCCGUACCGACGGUUGGCGAACGGACGAAGGGAAGACACCUGAAAAGCGUCUGAGGAAGCGGUGGGAAGAGCACCGUUUGGGUGGGCAAGGCGAGUAUCAUCGCGGUGACGACCCGCUCGCAUGCGACUACGCGAGACUCGGUGACGAGAAAAGACGAGGAACGACAAGAACCGCGGUAGCGGUCGACGGUGUUGCGAAAAGUGUUGUCGAAGGGCCGGCGUAAAAAGACGGAGAGACGGGGGAAUCGGAGUCGGAGGAGGAGGAAGAGGAAAAGAAGUUCGUGGCGUACGAGAGAAGACGAUCGAAUACCACCUUGAACACGAUAGCGAGGGGUGUACCGGAAGCGAGUGGGCGAAGUUCAGAGAGGGAAGCUGUGAAAACGGCGAGGAGAACGGAAAAACGGGGACACGAACACGGGGAUAGAGAUAGACGUUAGGAAUAAGAAUCGGAUCCGGAAGCGGAACCGACGGAAGGGCCGGAUUGUCCGAACAUUAGGGAAUAUCGGUGGAGGGCAGCUGCGAGACAGUAAAGUGAUGUGUUCGAUGGACGAGGCGCGUCUGGCGGGCGGAGGUCGGGGUAAAACAGACGCGUGUCGCGCGCGCUGCGAUUGCUUCGAAUCAUCGGUGAGAACAGGCGGGCAGUCGGUGAUCAGGCUGGCGGGCGCCGGGGAAACGUUUCAAAGGGCAUGGCGACCACGCCACUAGGCGGUCGCCUCCCUAACGUAAACCGCAAAGGACCAUCUCCGUUCGUCGGCGGUGGUGGUGGUAACAACGCUAAUUACGGCAACGGUAACGGUAUAGGUAUCGGUAACAACAAUAAUAACAACAACGAAACUGGUGGCAACAACGGCCAUCACAACAACAACAACAACAAUAAUAACCACAGUAAUAAGAACAACAAUCAUAGCAGCAGUGGUAGCAGUAGCGGAAACGGUAACAACAACAACAACAACAACAACAACGUUGGACACCGUAACAACAACAUCGGCGAGAGCAACGGUAACAACAGCAGCAGCAGCGGAGGCAGCAGCAAUAAUAACAACAACAACAACAUCAAAAACCGCGUCGACGGUCACGGAAAAGUUUGUGUGAUCGAGGGCGCCAACGACAACGACACCGAUCUCGUUGCCAGCGGUGGCAACGGUAGAAACGGUAGCAGCGCCCAAGGGCCCGGCCCGCCGUCCGGCUCCGUUACAGCCCCUUGUCCGCCGCCAAGCCCGGCGAGCGCGUCCGCCGCCGGACUGGCCGCCAAGCCGGAGCAGACCAAACUAGCCGCGGUCGCCGGUAACGGACCCUCCAUCAUCGUGACCAGUGACGACGCUAUGGACUCGGCGGGAAGUCCCCCGCCUGCCAAGAAACUCAAGACUUCAGCCUCUGAACCAAAGGACAUGUCCGACGUGUGCGUCGGGACCAGCGUGGGGACCAUUACCGAGCCAGAGUGUUUAGGACCCUGCGAGCCUGGUACGUCGGUUACUCUCGAGGGUAUCGUCUGGCACGAAACCGAAGGGGGUGUGCUAGUGGUGAACGUAACGUGGCGAGGGAAAACGUACGUGGGUACAUUGCUGGACUGCACUCGUCACGACUGGGCCCCGCCGAGAUUCUGCGACUCGCCGACCAGCGAUCUCGAUGCCCGGACGCCGAAGGGUCGCGGGAAACGCGGAAGGGCCGCGGCGAACGCGACACAGGGUAAUGACCUGAGCAACUUCACGGAGACGAGGAGUUCGGUGCACAGCAAGCUAAGGAACGGCGGCGCGAAAGGACGACGCGGAGCGCAGGGCUCGCCAGCGGCGAGUCCGAGUCCAGCCGCGUUCGUCCCACCUCGACCGGACCCGGCAGCUAAACGGAAAUCGCGGGGACCGGAGGAAGAAGACAAGAACAAGAGACGCGCCCCGCCGCCGACGCCUCCUAGCGGAUCCCCACCGGCGAGCCCGGUGCUGUUGGAAUGCCCGGAACCGAACUGCAACAAAAAGUACAAACACAUAAACGGACUGAAGUACCAUCAGAGCCACGCGCACGGCUCGGCGGACGACGAUGACACGAAAGAGGGUAUCACGAGCAUGUCGGAGAACGAUGAGAGCAACAUCGAGGCACCUAGCCCGGCGACACCGGUGAAAUCGCCGGCGGACAAGCCAGAGGGUACGCCGCUCAGGCCGUCCAGUCCCCCGGCCAGCAGUUUGCCGCCGGAAACGCCACCACCGCCGUCGAGGGUUGCCUCGCCUAGCAUAGAACCGCCAGCGCCGGUUCACAGCUCGGACAAGAGUAUCGUGAAGCCGGGUGUGCUGAGAUUCGGUCAGGACGACCUGCCCGCACCAUCGAACGCGAUGUCGAGUUCCGCGAGGCAGCAGUCCGUGCAACAGCAGCAACAACAGCAGCAGCAACAGCAGCAGCAAACGCAGCCAAGUCAAUCGUCGUUGGGUAGCAGUAACUCGCCGCAGAGCCCGAGUCCUCGCGCCAGCCAAUCGCCCAGGCCGAUACAGUCGCCUCAUCCGAGCGUGAACAACAUGCCCCCGCAGUUGAAUAUCCCGCAACCACCUCAGCCGUCCCAGAUGUCGCAGCAUCAACAACAGAAUUCCCUUAUGCAGCAGAACCAGCAGGCGCUGCAGCCUGGCCAGCCGACGGCGACCGCGUCGCAACAGCUUCAGUCGAGCCAACAGUCGCAGCAGCUUCAGUCUGCCGUUCAGCAGCAGCAGCAGCAGCUGUCGUCCGCGCACCAGCUCUCCGUGCAGCAUUCGCUGUCGGCGCAAUUGGGCCAGCCGACGCAGGCUCACGUGGUGCAGCAGCAAGCCGGAAUGCAGCAGCAGCAGCAACAGCAGCAGCAGCCACCGCCGCCGCAACCGACCGGCUUGCAGAGUAUCGGAAGCCAACAUCCGGGCCUUCAGGGUCUCGCUGCUCAGGUGUCGCAGCAGGCGGCCGCGGUGGUGGCGGCCGCGGCGGCGGUGGCGACCGGUCCACAGCAGACCGGACAUCCGGGCCAGACGGUGCAGUCGCAUCUGCAGCCGUACCAGAGCGUCUCGUUGCACGCGAAAAUGCCGCAAUUCAAGGUGAAACCGACCGCCGCGCUGAUGCCCGAGCAAGACAAGAGCAAGGACCCGCGCGCGACCAAGCCUCCGAGCUACAAGAAGAAAUCGAGAAAGUCGCCCGGAGGCAGCCCCCAUCCGUCUCCGUUGGAAGCGCCGAUCGUCGACUCCGGCAGGGACGACGUCCAGAGCCCGGCCUACUCGGACAUUUCCGACGACGCAGCGCCGGUCCUCGAAGCGGAGCCGACCGACAAAUCGAAGCAGGUGCAAGAGAAGGACGGCAAGGCUUCCGCGGCCGCUCACUUACCGGCGCACUUCAGCAUGUAUCCGUACUACGGGCAACCGCCUUACCUGGUGCCGAGCGUUCAAGAGAGCAAACCGAUCGAUCAGAAGCCGACAGAUCUUGUACCGAAGCAAGAGAUGAAGCCGCUGAAUAUACCGCAGAUGCCGACGAUGGCCAGCCUGCAGAGCGUGGUCGCGGAGAAGGAGAAGAAGGAGCUGAAUCAGUCGGUCCCGCAACCGCAGCAGCAGCCUCAUUAUUACGGUAGCUACGGUGGUUACAUGCCACCCGGUUACCCGUACCAGCCACCGCAAUCGGUGACGCAGCAGCAGCAACAGCAGCAGCAGCAACAACAGCAGCAGCAGCAACAGCAACAACAGCAGCAGCAGCAGGAGCAAGAGUUCCACGAUCAGAAGGCGAAGAUCAAACAGGAACCGCAACCGCAGCAGCCUAGCUUGAAGGACAAGCAACACGAGAAUCAUCAGAUACUGAAGGAAAGCAUCGAGAUGAAGAGCCAGAUGAGCCCGUAUCACGUGUAUCACGGAUCUCAGAGUCAGAGAGCAGGUCCCCCGCCGCCGCCGCCCGGCCCGAUGCAGGACGACAGAAGGUAUUACCUGUACCCGGCCGAUCAAAGGCGGAAAGAGGAGUCGAGCAAACAGAGCCAGCAGGCGAAGCCGCCUCCGCCGAGCCCGAAGCAUCAGCCGAAACAGGAGAAACCGCAAGACCUGGGGAAGAGCGACGACUCGAAGAACAAGCAAGAGGGCGUCAAGCCGACGAUGGAGACGCAAGGUCCUCCUCCGCCGACGUCACAGUACGCCUACAUUCAUCCUAGCUAUAUGCAGCCUCAGCAUUACGGCGCGUUACCGUUCGACCCCGGCCAUCCAGUGUACCGGGGUCUCAGUCCUAUGCUCGUGCCGGGGCCGUACUCCGGCAACCCGUACCUGCACCAGUUGCCUAGGUAUCACGCGCCGGAGGAUCUGAGUAGGCCCCCGGGCGGCAAAGCGUUGGAUCUGCUCCAGCACCACGCAAAUCAGUAUUAUUCGGCGCACAAGAUACACGAGCUUCAGGAGCGUGCGCUCAAGUCCCCUACCCCGAAAACGUCCACGGCCUCGGCGAGUCCCUCGUCGGCGGGGCCGACUCCGUCGAGGCCGCCCAGCGGACCGCCCAGCUCGGUGGCCGGCGCGGCUGGAGGCGCCGGCCCCGGGCCGCCGCAGCCUCAGGGACAGCAACCGUCGUCGAAGCAGCAGAACCAACAGGGUGGUCAGCAACCGCAGCAGCAAUCGGCCGUCGACGCUGGGACCGGAACCUUGCCGAAAGACAAUAGAUCGCCCCCGCCUCAGCGACACGUUCACACGCAUCAUCACACGCACGUGGGCUUAGGCUAUCCCCUUCUAACCGGACAAUACCCCGCCCCCUACGGAGCGGCAAUGCUGGCGAGUCAGCAGGCCGCCGCGGUAGCCGCAUCGGUGAUCUCGCCAUUCCCGCCCAAGUGACCCGCGGCCCCCGGUCCCGUACUAGCUGCCGGAACGACCGGACCCACCUCCGCACAAACUCACCAUACGUCUCAUCAUCCUCCACCGGUCAGCGGGGCGACCGCUGCGGGACAUCCGCACCCUGCCGCCGCCGGCAGGCAACCCUAGGAUACGGCACCCCUCGAGAAUACCGCUAAUUCGAGCCUGUUGCUUCUACUUCGAUAACGCCCCGAUGACGUUCGACGGCCAUCGUCUGUCUACCCUGCCGUCAGCGUGCACCAGCUAGCCGACAGUUGCCUGCCCGACCCACCUGCCACCGUGCGCCGGCCUCUUUGUAGCCGUCGGCUCCAACGUCUCUCCCCUCUGGACAAUCGCAGCUCCGCCGACGUUCGCGGGCAUCCCGGUUCAAGACGAAAGAGAGGCGGCGAGAGAACAGACGAACGGACAGGAUGAACAAAGAGAUUAGGGACGAGGAGGAUAAUGUGAACCUCUCCGAUAGGUGAACGAUCUAGGCAAGCGAUCGCGUGGUCGGUUCCAGCGUCGCUCAUCGUACGCCUCCACGCUUCGUGAAUCGAUGGCCGAUGGAACAACGGAGACACCGUUCGAGCGGCCCGAUGACAAGGCGCGACGUAUCACGCGGCGGGAAACACCCUCGGCAAGGCGAAGCGACACCGAAGCACGUACUUAAGAUCCGAUCGGAGCGCGCGCGUGUUCGUUCCCAUUCUUCGCGGUACCGUUGCUCCGCCCGACGGACGGUAUUCCAUUUCGAUUCGAUCGACGCUCGACGAUGGUCCGUCGAAGAUCGUGCUUCGCACGGAAGCCGAGGGGGACGUAGGCAACAAGCGAAGAACUUCUCGAGGAUUAUGCCGACGAACGGGUCACGCGUGUCGCGGAGGAAAUCGCGUUCGUUCGGGUGAACGCGAGCGAGGGUAGCGAUUGUCCGGAGCUACGAAGCAGCGGUGAACGCGUCGUCGAGCGCGCGCUGGUGCGGCAACCUGGACACCCGGUGAGAACGUGUUCGACGGUGCCUCCAGAGCUAGAGUGGGACGUCGGACGCGUCGGCUUCGAAAACGCUUCCAGCAGCUGCGCGCGGGGGGAAGGCCGCGCCGCGAUCAUCGAAGGACGGAAACGCGCGAGAGGAAGACGGCGAGGAAGAGCGCCGCGUUGAUCUUGUCCCAGGCAUCGGCUUCCUCGAUGCCCGCGCACGAUCAUCGUUCGUCGCGCGGGGACGGACGAAAGCGCGAGGCGAGCCUCUCGGACCGCGCGCCGCGCGCCCACGAACCAAUUUCAGUUGUUUCCACCUUUUCUUUUUUAUCUGCCUGUCGUCUGUCUGCGCGACGCGAGACCACCCCGACUUUCGCUCUCACUCGACCGCGGUCAGAGUCGAAGCAAC